GUCACUUUAAAGAGGGCUGCCCAACUGCAAGGACUCUGUAAACGGGAAGAGAAGCCACAGCACUUCAGAAAAGAGUGGGACUGGACAAGCGUAUCUAAGAGGCCGAACAUGAAUCCACAGAUCAGAAACCCGAUGAAGGCAAUGGAUCCAGGCACAUUCUACUUCCAAUUUAAAAACCUAUGGGAAGCCAACAAUCGGAACGAAACCUGGCUGUGCUUCACCGUGGAAGUUAUAAAGCAGCACUCAACUGUCUCCUGGGAGACGGGCGUCUUCCGAAACCAGGUCGAUCUUGAGACCCAUUGCCAUGCAGAAAGGUGCUUCCUCUCCUGGUUCUGCGAGGACAUACUGUCUCCUAACACAGACUACCAGGUCACCUGGUACACAUCUUGGAGCCCUUGCCUAGAUUGUGCAGGGGAGGUGGCCAAGUUCCUGGCCAGGCACAACAAUGUGAUGCUCACCAUCUAUACCGCCCGCCUCUACUACUCCCAGUAUCCGAAUUACCAGCAGGGGCUCCGCAGCCUGAGUGAGAAAGGAGUCUCUGUGAAGAUUAUGGACUACGAAGAUUUUAAAUAUUGUUGGGAAAAGUUUGUGUACGAUGAUGGUGAGCCAUUCAAGCCUUGGAAGGGACUAAAAACCAGCUUUCGAUUUCUGAAAAGACGCCUACGGGAGAUUCUUCAGUGAGGGGUCUCCCCGGGCCUCAUGGUCUGUCUCCUCUAGCCUCCUGCUCAUGCUGCACGGGCCUCCCCUCCACCCUGGACCAGCUCUGUUUCUGCCUGGUCAUCCUGAGCCCCUCCUGCCCUCAGGGCCAUUCCACUGUGCUCCCCUGCCUCACCGCCUCCUCCCCGCUCUCCCAGGCUCUUCCUUCAGAGGCCCCUUUCUGCCUCCAUGGCUACCCAUCCACCCCCUCAGACCCCAUUCCUCCAGCCUGCGUGCCCCUGACCUGGCUCUUCCCAUCUCCCCAGCAUAACCAAAUCUUACUAAACUCAACCUAGGCUGGGCAUGGUGACUCACGCCUGUAAUCCCCCAGCACUUUAGGAGGCAAAGGUGGGAGAAUCGCUUGAGCCCAGGAGUCCAAGACCAGCCUGGGUCACAUGACAAAGCCCCAUCUCUACCAAAAAAAAAAAAAAAAA